AUGUCCCGGAUCAAAGGAAAGGAUACGAAACCGGAGCUCCUGCUGCGAUCCAUGCUCCAUAGAGCAGGCUUUCGCUUCCGGUUGCAUGUACCCGGGCUGCCGGGUCGCCCGGAUAUUGUCCUGCCGCGUUACCAGACCGUGAUUUUCGUUAACGGCUGCUUCUGGCAUCGUCACAGGAAUUGUAAAUUUGCUUAUACCCCGAAAUCCAGAAUAGAAUUCUGGCAGCAGAAAUUUUCAGAUACCGUGGCUCGUGAUACAGCAAAGGAAAAGCAGCUGAGGGAACUGGGCUGGAAUGUCAUUACCGUAUGGGAAUGCGAACUGAAACAACAGGCGCAAGAGACCUGCGCAAACCUGCUCAGCCGCAUCGUCAGCAGUUCUUAG